AUGUCGAGCAGCAGCAAAAGCAAAACGAAGCACCCCAAAUCGGGCUUUGGCGCUGAUGCUGCUCCAUUCGUCUCCGCUUCCGACGCCUUCAUCGACGCUUUCAGAUCUUACCGCAUACAAGCGGGCGACGAUGCAUCUUUAUUGCCCAAUCCUUUGGCAUCCUCUUCACGAGCAGGAGCAGGAGCGCGAGCACGAGAUGGAGCACGAUAUGUAGCACGAGAUGGAGCACGAGAUGGAGCUGCAGCUUUAGGCGAGAGCGGAGCAGGAGGAGAUGCACCAGCCGGCGGCUUCUUGCUGGAUGAGGUGGAGCAAGAGCAGGAGCAGGAGCAGGAGCAGGAGCAGGAGCAGGAGCAGGAGCAGGAGCAAGUUGCAGCGGCGGCGGGUGGAUUCUUGGUUGAAGAUGACACCUCGUACGUCUCUGAUUCCGACGUUGCUCAUCUCUCCGCGCGCAGCUUCAUACCCAAGGCAUCGGAGUGGCAAGAUGGAGAGGCGGAUGCAGGUGCGGGUGCGGGUGCGGGUGCGGGUGCGGGUGCGGGUGCUCGCAUUCCAGUCAGCGCCAGCGCGAUAGCAUCUGUACCCCCGCCCGUCUACCUGCCGCUAUCCUAUAUUCCUCAAGCCCUAGCCACUCUAGGCCUGUCGCAUUCGGAUCGUCAAGUGUUGCAUCUGUUUGAACAGACGGCUCAGCGCGCGCUGCCUGCUUCUGCGACGACAAGGAGGAGAAGAGGAGAGGCGAUGCGGGUGGUGGAGGAGGAAAAGGUGGUGCAUAGGGAUCAAUUCGAGCAGGUUGUCAGUGUGCUUUUAGAGCAGGCACGGGAGCGGGAGCGAUCUGAAGGAGAAGAUCAGGAGGGUGAAGAGGAGGAGGAGGAGGAGGAGGAGGAGGAGGAGGAGGAGGAGGACGCGUUGCAAGACUCGAGCAGAAGGCGUCGUAGACGAUUGCCCGCGGCACCCAUCGCUGAGCAUCACGCCGCAGAGCAGUCAACCUCCAAACGACGACGUCGAAACGAGAUCAAGUCGGCAGCAGAAAGCUCAAGAAUUGCGUCGGAUGCGGAGGUGGAGGAGGUGCGGCAGCCUGUUGCAGAGUCGGCGUCUUUCUCUGCAGCAGCAGCAGCAGCAAGACCUAGCAGGAGAGCGAGACCUUCUCGUUUGGCCAUGUACGAAGCGCAAGCUUCUUCAGGCUCUGAUGAAUCGGACGGCGAGAGGUACGAGCAGAGCGAAGAGGAGGAGGAGCAGGAGGAUCAGCAAGAAGAGGGGAGCGACGACGAGUCUUUUGCGGGGGAGAAGCGCGGUCGACGGCCAGGCAAAAGGAUGGAGGAUGGUGCUAAGAGCAGAGCGGGUGGAGGGAGCGGUGCGAAUGGCAAGGGCAAGGGCAAGGCGGCAAGACCAGGCACGCAGCAGCAGCAGCAGCAGCAACACGACGGAGAUGCGCAAAAAAGUGCAGAGGAGGAGCUGAUGCUGAAUGAAGAUCAGAGGGAAUUCGUAUCGGCUGCCUGGGAACUCUUGGUGCAGAGGUUGCCCAACGCGACGACGACAAGGAGGCAAUCGUCGUCUCGUGGGACAAGAGACGUGCGCAUCAAUGUCGAGCAGCUCGGGUCCAUCAUCAAGGGUUUGGGAGAAAAGAUGGGCGAAACAGAGAUCGAAGAGAUGAUCUCUGAAGGCUCGCUAUUGUGGGCUUCGUGCACCGGUCAUGCGCGACCCAAGACGAACAGCGAGGGUAGGGACAGCGUAGGCAUAGACGAAUUCGCGGGUAUACUGCUCAAGGCUCGCGUGAUAUGA